UGGAGUGGAGAAGUGGAUAGUAUAGUAUAGCAGCCAAAGAAGCGAAAGAUCAUGAUGUGCCUCGUCGGCCCAACAAGUCCAGCUCACGCCCCACUACCACUACCAUUACCUCGCUUCCGCCGCCGCCCACCGCCCAUGGCCAUGGCCGCUUCCGCUUCCUCCUCCGACGGGGCCGGGGCCCCUGUCGUGCUUGGCUGCGGCGCCGCCUCCGCGGACUACCUCGCCACCGUCGCCUCCUUCCCCAACCCCGACGACAAGAUCCGAAGCCUCACGCUCAAGGUCCAGGGAGGUGGCAACACUGCCAAUGCCUUGACCGCCGCCGCACGCUUGGGUCUUCGCCCCAGGAUCAUUUCCAAGGUAUCCAACGACCCACAAGGGAGAAACAUUCUCAAGGAGCUGCAAUCUGAUGGCGUCGACACCUCUUUUAUGGUGGUAGCGGAGGACGGGAACUCACCUUUCACCUAUAUUAUUGUUGAUAACCAGACGAAAACCCGUACUUGUAUUCACACUCCUGGUUAUCCCCCUAUGGUGCCUGAGGAGCUCACACAGGCAAACUUGUUUGCCGCUUUAGAUGGUGCUGACAUUGUAUAUUUUGAUGUAAGACUGCAUGAAGCUGCUUUAAUUGUUGCUGAAGAGGCAAGCCAAAGAAAACUUCCUAUUUUGAUUGACGCCGAAAGAAAGAGGGAUGGACUGGAUGAACUUCUCAAUUUUGCAUCUUAUGUUGUAUGCUCUGCAAAAUUUCCUCAGACCUGGACAGGAGCCUCAUCGACACCAGUUGCUUUGGUGUCCAUGCUUUUAAGAUUACCGAGUAUCAAGUUUGUUAUUGUAACCCUUGGAGAAAAAGGAUGCUUGAUGCUUGAAAGAAGCACAACAGAUGCUUCUGAGGCGGAGGAAGUAGAUGUAGAGAGUCUUCUGGAAUCACUAGAGCAGAAAGUUGUUUUGGGUUCAAGCAUGCCAAAAUGCAUCGCCUCCAAGUCAAAUUUGAGAAUAAGUGCAGAUGGAGUAGGAUCCAUCAGUGGCAGGUUACUUUUAGGCACAGCUGAAAUUAUUCCCUCUGAAGAGCUCAUAGAUACAACUGGUGCGGGUGAUGCAUUCAUUGGAGCAGUUCUCUAUGGUUUAUGCUCUGGCAUGCCGCCUGAGAAGAUGCUGCCUUUUGCAGCACAAGUGGCUGCUUGCGGGUGCAGGGCUUUAGGGGCUCGGACUGGUCUUCCCCAUCGCACAGACCCCCGACUGGCCGGCUAUUGACUUGGAAGUAGGAGUAUGGAGGAUCCAUCUGCUGGAUUUGAUUGUGGCUUCGAAACAAGAGACUAAGCAUUCCAAUCCGGGCUGUGUAAUAAUUUUAAGAAAGUUUGUUUCAGUUGAAAUUUGUGUGUUGUUGUUUGAUGUGCCCUCCUGGCUUAAUGAGAGAUCCUCCUGCUCUGCCCACAAGGGCUGCCUUGUCCCGUUUACUAUUAUCAUCUUGCUUAAUAAGAGAGAUUUGUGUGUUGUUGUUG